AUGGAGCUGCUUCCGUUAGAUGAUGAUGAUAAUGUCAGGCACAUUCUUUGCUGGGUUUCCAUAAUUCUUUUUCUAGCAAACAUCUCUUCGAUGUAUAUUUCGGACAAUCGUUCUCCGCUUCGCUCGCGCUCUCAUUCUACUCUCUUUUUCUCUUUCUCCUUUUCUGUUUUCUUUGUUCUCUCUGUCUUAUUUUCUCUCUCUCUCUCUCUCUCUCUCUUCUUCCUCUUCUUCUUCUUCUUCUUCUUCUCACUCGUUUUCUUUUUCAUAUUCUUGUACCCCCUCUCUCUCUCUCUCUCUCUAUAUCUUUCCUCUCUCAAGUUUCUCUCUCUAUCUUUUCAUUAUCUCUCAUCCUUUUUACCUUUCCUUUCCUUCUAUAUUAUUCUUUUCCUCUUUCACUUUUCAUUUUCCCGUUCUCUCUCUCUCUCUUUCUCAUUUCUUUCUUUCUUUCUUUUCGCUCUUUUUCACUCUUUCAUUCAUCUCUCUCUAUCUCUCUUUCUUCUCUCAGUGUCGUUUUUCUCUCCUGUUCUUCUGUCACAUGACACAACCGAAACCAACUCAUCUCACCAACCCGGAUAUGCGGUCAAUGUCUUAUGCUUUUACACUUCCGGCUUCUAUUGA